UGUUGUUGUUUUUUGUAAAGGAGUGUGUAUCCUCUCGCAGGAAACUUUCCACCAAAGAGAUUUGGGGACUCCAACUCCCAUGAUGCCUCACUUUGGCUGGGGCUGAUGGGAAGUUCGUUCAAGAAGAAGAACCCAAAACCUUCUGGAGGAAGGCUGCAGGGGAAUCAAUAGGGUUGCAGCAGCAGGAGGCCAGUAAGUCCCUUGGAGCAAGGCAUGCUCUCCUCCUGCCUUUACUUUUGCAGGCAACCUGAAUAGCAUCAGAAGCAAGCCCUUGCUUCCAGUCUUGCAUUGCUGCUUCUGCUCACAACUGUAUAGGAUUGCAAGCCUUGGGAGCAAGGCAUCCUCCUCUGGCUGGGCUAAAGCCCUGUCUGCCUCCCCUUUUGCAUGAAUACUUUUGCAUGCAACCUAAUAAGAUCAGAAGGAAGUCCUUUGGGUCUGGGAAUAUUCUCUCAACUGGGUUAAAAUCCUGCCUUCCCUUUUUGCAUUGCAGUUUAUACAAAGAACUUAAUAGGAUCAGAAGCAUGCCCUUUGGAUCUGGGUAUCCUCUUCCUAAAAUCCUGUCUCCCCUUUUGCAAUGCUGUUUUUUUUUGCAUACAACCUAAUAGGAUCAGGAGCAAGGCCUUUGGAUCGGGGCAUCUUCUCCUAAAUGGACUGAAGUCCUGCCUGCCCUCCGACUUCACCAUCCACAAGCCCUUCCUUUUUCUCCUAAGGGAAGAUAACAGGACCUGCACCUCUUGGAGACCAUCCAUCCCAUCAUCCUGCCUCCUUCUCCAGCAUCAUGGGUGGUGCCGAACCAGCCAAGGAGGUGGAAGAAUUGCCAGAGACCCCGAAGCCACUGACCAUAGUGGGCACUUGUGCCACAAUGUGCCCAGCCUCGGAGUUCGCCCGUCGCUUGCGCCAGGGCCGCCUCCACCGCCUUGAGCUGGGACCUGCCCCGGAGUGCCGUCCAGAGCCAUCGCGGGCCGUGAAGGAGUACUCCCGUCCGGCCGCUGGCAAGCCUCCUCCGUCGCCCGAGGAGCUGCGCCCACCUGCCAUGCUCCUGGCCACCAUCCAGCACUUAUUGGGUCUUGAAAGCGGCGAAGUGGCGGUCGAUCGCUAUGCCUUCGUAGCCGACCGCCUUCGUGCCAUCCGUCUGGACCUCACCCUCCAACGCCUGGCUGGCCAGCCCUGCACCAUCGCUAUCCUGGAACGUGCGCUGGUCUUCCUCCUCCAUUCCGGGCACCAUCUUUGCACCCAGCCACCAACCCACUUCGAUGCCCACCUGCACCGUGCUCACCUCCAGGAGAGCUUCGCAGCCCUCCGACGCGCUUACCGCCAGGACCGAGAUGGUGCCCGGCAUGCCUCCGCCACCGAACCCCGCUUCCAAGCGCUUUUCCUGCUCUACAACCUGGGCUCGACAGAAGCUCUCCGGCAGAUCCUCCAGCUCCCCGAAAACGUCCGGACGUCCCCCGAACUCAGCACUGCCUUAGCCAUCAACUGGGCCUUCCUGGAGCGCAACUUUGCCCGCUUUUUCCGCCUGGCGCGGGGGCUGCCUUACCUUCCCAGCUGCGCCCUGCACCAACAUUUUGCCAAUGCCCGCCGCGAGGCCCUCCUCACCUUCAGCCACGGAUUCAACGCUCGGAACUGCCGAUAUCCAUUGUCUCAUCUGGCUCAGCUAUUAGCCUUGGAUGAUGCCGAGGAUGCCGCAAAGUUGUGCCAGGCACAUGGGUUGGCCAUGGCGGACGGCGGCGUGGUCUUCCAGAAGGGUUCCUUCAAGGAUACGCCUGCGUUGGCGCAUUGGCCUUCAUGCCUUCUUGUGGACAGCAAAAGAGGGAAUGCAACUUUGAGGGAGCUAGCGGAGAGCGUUUGCAGCUAACUAAGGCUCUUGGUACCCUCUGGAGUUUGGUUCCAGGACCCCCUAUGGAUCCCAAAAUCCGUGAAUGCUCAAGUCCCAUUAUAUACAAUGGAUGAUGAUGAUGAUGAUGAUGAUGAUGAUGAUGAUGAUUAUAGUGGGCCCUCGAUAUCCGCUGGGGUUUGGUACCAAGACCCUCCAUAUCAAGGAUUUGAUGCAUUUGAAUGGAUAUGUGCAACAACAAACUUCUAGUUGUUUGUUCUGUUUUUUUACACGGUUUGAUAGGUUGCAUCUGCACUGCAGAAAUAAUCCAGUUUGACGCCACUUUAACUGCCGUGGUUCAGUGCUGUGCAAAUCUGGAACCAUUGUGGCACCAGAGCUUUUUGACAGAGGUGGAUAGAUAUCUCACAAUACUACGAAAUCCAGAAUCCCAUAGCCUUGAGCCAUGCCAGGCAAACCAGUGUCAAACUGUGUUAUAUCUGCAAUGCAGAUGCAGCCUCCAUUCCAAAUGGAGGUACUGUACUGCCUGCAGUAACAUGGAGAUCCAGAUUGUUAAUAUGUUUUUAACAUAUUGGUGAGGCUUUUUGCAAGGUUUUGGGGGGUCAAAAACUGGACCAGUGGUUUAAAUUUGGAGGUGUGGGGUGGUUAAAGGACUGGGGUUCAUGGGUCAUACUUUGCAUCCCGCUGCUUUACCUUCUUAAUAUUGCAUGGACAUUAAAAGAUUGCUCUUCCAGACUAUCAGGUCUUCCAUUUUUGCUCCAUCCAAGGAUUGUUAUUUCAUUCAUUAGAGGUUCUCCUGACCAUCUCAAGAAGAAGGGGAUGCCAUGGAUGCACCUUGAGAAGCCCAUGGCAUGCCCAAAAGCCCAGGUUGAGUGUCAAGACAUCCCUCCAGCUAUGGUUGGAAUGCAACUCCCAGUAUCCCCAAUGGUGAUGAAUGCUGGGAGUGGCAGUCUAACGGGUAAUGAGAAGAUGGGACUCAUCAGGAAAGACAAUAAGGCAUGGUAUGUUUGAAGGCAGUUGGGAAAAAUGAAGACCACAUUACAGAUGGAUUGACUAUAUCAAGGGAUGUAUGUGAAUGGAUAUGUGUGUGUGUUUUUAAAGGGAGGCACAUCUGCCCUGACUUUGCAAGACCUGAGGAGGGCUGUUGGUAAAAAGGUGACUUGAGGGGUCUCUCACUCAUAGGGUCUCCAUAAGUUGGAGUUAAUGGCAUUAAACAAUGGCAUGACUUUGUGAGACCUGGGCAGGGCUUCUCUCAUUCAUAGGGUCUCCAUAUGUUGGAGUCCAUAGCAUUCAACAAUGACAUGACUUUGCAAGACCUGGGCAGGGCUGUUGGUAACAAGGUGGUCUCUCAUUCAUAGGGUUGCCAUAAGAUGGAGUCCAUAGCAUUCAACAAUGGCAUGGCUUUGCAAGACCUGAUCAGGGUUAUUGGUAACAAGGUGGUCUCUCAUUCAUAGUGUUUCCAUAAGUUGGGAGUCCAUGGCAUUCAACAAUGACAACACAUGGUUCCCAUCUUGCCCAAACACAGCUGGUUUCUUCUCCAUUAACGUUGGUUUUUGUGACCCAUUUGCACCCUGUAGAUCCAUGGAAGGCUAUAUAGAUCUACCCAAGGAAUCAUCCUGAUUUGUCAAAUAAGAAUGACCAUAUAGACUCAACUAUAAGUCAACCUCAUGUAUAAGUCGAGGGCAAGGUUUGGGGCCAAAAUUAAGGAUUUUGCUGUGACCCGUGGAUAAAAUUUAGGGGCACAUAGCAAAGGAUCUAGAGGAUGAAGCAAAGCAAAGCCAUGUCAAAGAAGUUACAAAAUCCCAGUGUUCCUCUUUGGGCUGAUCUUAAAAUGGAUGGAUGAGAGAGUAGAGGAGGCCGGCGCUUUGCACCAGGAGAUGGUUCCUUCUUAUAAAUAAGGGUUACGUAUACAUUGCUUAUAUUGAUAAGGCGAGUCAGGUUUUUUGGGGAUCCCUUUUUUAACCUAAAUUUCUAGACCUUAAAUGAGUAUAUACAAUACAUCACACAUUUAAUUGGGAUUUGUCUGGAAUUUCAAGGAAGGAAGGAGACAUACCAGCGGAUCAAAAGGUUAAUAAACAGUUUAUU